AAAAGCAGAUCGUUCACAGCACACCCACCCUGAGUACUGGAACUAUGCCGCGGGGCCGGCCUCGCAAACAGAGAGUUAAAAGCAGCGACGAAACAGAUGCAGAUCCCAGUGACUCCAAAGGGGAAAGUUUCAGCGAUGGAGAGCUCAAGGACAAGAAGUGCACAAUGUGCUCCCAGAACUUCACCACUGAGAGCCAACUACAGAAGCAUCAACGUGAACAUGAGGUCAACGAUAAGCCUCAUCGAUGUGACCAGUGUCCACAGACAUUUAAUGUGGAGUUCAACCUCACACUCCACAGAUCCACACACACGACCUCAGACUUCACCUGUCCCGUUUGCAACAAAAGGUUCUCUCGCAUUGCCAGCCUCAAAUCUCACAUCAUGCUUCACGAGAAGGAGGAGAAUUUAAUCUGUGUGGAAUGUGGAGAUGAGUUUGUUCUACAGAGCCAGCUCACUCUGCACCUGGAGGACCACCGAAAAGAGCUAUCGGGCGUCAAGGUCUUCACUUGCAAGAACUGCGACAAAGAGUUCAAGACGUCGGCUCACCUCAAGGAGCACAUGAAGAGUCACGUGAAGAUGAGGUCGAUCAACUCUAGUUCCAGGAACUACAAGAAAAACAUUGACCGCAGCGGCUUCACAAACAGCUGCCAUCACUGUGGGAAGGCGUUCAAAAAGCCCAGUCAGCUUGUCAGGCACAUACGAAUACACACAGGUGAGAGACCCUACAAGUGCUCGCAUUGCGGCAAGGCUUUCAACCAGAAGGUGGUGCUACAGACCCACAUGGUGAGACACACCGGAGAGAAACCUCACCUCUGCAUGUUCUGCCCGGCCUCCUUCUCCCAGAAGGGGAACCUGCACUCUCAUGUCCAGAGGGUUCAUUCAGAGAGAGAAGGCGCUCAGUUGUUCCCGUGCAUGGAUUGCAGCUGUUCAUUCAAGAAGCUGGGCAGCCUGAAUGCUCACAUAAGCAAGAUGCACAUUUCUGUGAUCGAGGUGCCCUCCAGUACUCCGGAGACAGAGACAGCAGGUCAGGCUCCUGGGGGGUCAGAGGGCGGCGAGGGGGUGACCGAUGUCAUCCAGCAACUUCUGGAGCUGUCUGAGCAAGUCAGCGGGGAGACAGCCCAGCCGCAACCCCCAGAGCCAGCUAUCACCAUGGAAACUGCAAUCAACCAGGACAUCCUGCAGCAAGCUUUGGAGAACAGCGGGCUGAGCGUCGUCCAACCGCAAGGUGACGGCACAUCCAGGGAGUCACAGAACCAGACUACUGACGGAGCUGCUGUGGAGAGCAAGAAAGUUCAAGCUCCUGAGAGACCUGUCCGGGAGAAGAAAAGGAGCAUCUUCAAGAAACCCAUUCAAAUGCCAGGCUCCAUCAGGGAGGAGAAUGGCGUCCGCUGGCACGGCUGUCCGUAUUGUUCCAAGGAGUUCAAGAAGCCCAGCGACCUAGUCCGCCACAUCCGCAUCCACACGCACGAGAAGCCUUUCAAGUGCAAACAGUGCUUCAGAGCUUUUGCUGUCAAGAGCACCCUCACGGCACACAUGAAAACGCACACGGGUAUCAAAGCCUUUGAGUGCCAGUGUUGCCUCAAGUGUUUCUCCACUUCUGGCAGCAUGAAGGUACACAUGCGGCUUCAUACAGGUGUGCGUCCUUUCCCCUGCCCCCACUGUGAAAAGAUAUUUCGUACAUCAGGCCACAGAAAAACACACAUUGCUUCUCACUUCAAAAGCUUACAGCAGAAGAAACACAAAUUCCCCAGAAAAAACAACAAAACCAAAGUCUCCAAGAGCAGCCUACCUCUGCCUGAUAUUCCCCUGCAAGAACCCAUCCUCAUCACUGAUUACGGCUAUCAGAACCCUCGCUUGGCUCUGCAACAAUACAUGGAGGUAGUGGGCAAUGACCGGCCGUACAAGUGCCACUACUGCAAUAAAGCCUACAAGAAAUCCAGCCAUCUGAAGCAGCAUGUCAGGUCUCAUACAGGAGAGAGGCCUUACAAGUGUGUGCAGUGCAGUCGAAGCUUUGCCUCCUCAGGAGUCCUCAAAGCUCACAUCAGGACCCAUUCUGGUCUAAAGGCGUACAGGUGCGUGAUGUGCGACACCACAUUUACUACCAGCGGCAGCCUGCGACGCCACAUGACCACCCACAGCGACCUGCGACCCUACAUGUGCCCUUACUGCCAAAAGACCUUCAAGUCAUCACCUAACUGCAGGAAGCAUAUGAAGACCCACAGGUAUGAACUGGCCCAGCAGUUGCAGCCCCAGUCCUCUGAAGACCCCUUAGGAGGCAGCACUGUGGCCCAUGAUAUGCAGGUGGAAAUAGAGGGAGACACUCUCCAACAGCAACCUACUUCCUCCGCAGAGCAGCAGAGCAUGUUGAGUCUGGGCCAGACAGAGGUGGUAAAUGGAGGCCAGCAAGUAACAUUGGAGGCACCACUGACUGACCAGAACCUUGUACAGGGAGACGACUCAUAUGUGACUACCCAACAUGCUCUGCCUCAGAACAUCAGCCAGUUUGAGACACCAGCACUUCCUCAGCCAACCUUUGACCAGCAAGCACUAACACAAGGCUUUACCAUCACUGAAUCGAGCUACAACCAGUCACAGUUCUCCACCGUCCAGCAGCUGCAGGAUUCCAGCACCCUGGAGUCUCAGGCCCUGUCAUCCAGCUAUCAUCCUCCAAACCUGCUCCAUGUUCCCAGUGCUGAGGUGACUAAUGGGCUCCUUGAGCAGAGCAGUCAGGGGGAGCUACAGCUGACCACUGAGGCGCAAGACUACCAGGAAGACAGUGAGGACAACAGCAAGAGAGCCUAUAGGUGUAGUUGGUGUAACAAAGGCUUCAAAAAGUCAAGCCAUCUGAAGCAGCACGUGCGCUCACACACAGGGGAGAAACCUUUCAGAUGUCAUCUCUGUGGACGAGCCUUUGUAUCGGCCGGAGUGCUCAAGUCACAUCUCAACACACACACAGGAAUGAAGCCCUAUAAGUGCAGUGUUUGUGAUGCCUCAUUCACCACCAACGGCAGCCUGAACCGCCACAUGAUCAUUCAUAUCAAGUCUUACAAAUGCUCCAUCUGUGACGAGACUUUCAGGACCAAUCUGCUGUGUAAACGGCACAUGAGCAAGGUGCAUGCUGUGGAGGAACAAAUUGUAGGUAUGGAGACUCAAGACAUGGAUGAGAAUGAUGAAGAUGAAGAGGAAGACGGGAAGCAAAAGGGAUCUAAGAGGAGAGGUUUGGAGAUCAUCACUUUCACCGAGGAGCAGGCAGCCGAGCUGGCAAAAGAUCCCGGCGAGGAGGCCUCGGUGUCCGAGCGGAUCCUGGCUCAGUCGGCAGCUGAGAGGGAUCGAAUCAGUGAGAUCAAAGACAAAGCAGUGGAGCUGGAGACGGAACCAAAGUUUGCCAACUGCUGCAACUACUGCCCCAAGAGCUUCAAGAAGCCCAGUGACCUCGUCAGACACAUCCGGAUCCACACAGGAGAAAGACCGUACAAGUGUGAUGAAUGUGGGAAGAGCUUCACGGUGAAAUCUACUCUUGACUGCCAUGUGAAGACACAUACAGGGCAGAAACUGUUCAUCUGUCACAUGUGUGCCACCUCCUUCUCCACGAAAGGCAGCUUAAAGGUGCACAUGCGCCUCCACACUGGCUCCAAGCCCUUCAAAUGUCCCUUUUGUGAACUCCGCUUCAGGACCUCAGGCCACCGCAAAACCCACAUCCAGUGCCACCUCCGACCGAGCAGCGACAGAAACAAAUCCAAGCGCUCCGGCUCGUCUGCCGGUCAGGCCGGUCAGGGGCAGGAUUCAGGGGCUGGGCAUGGUGCUGGACAGGGUCAGGGCCAGCAACAGGCAGCUUCAGAUGCUCUUCAGCCUGUGGGACUGUUACACACAUCCAACUCUGACCCUAACAUUUACCUCCCAGCCAGCCAAGUCCUGACGGGCCAGUUUGAUCAGAAUCUGCUGCAGCCGGGGCUUGUGGGACAGGCCAUCCUGCCGGCCUCCAUGUCAGCUGCAGGAGACCUGACUGUGUCUCUCCCAGAUGGUCUGACCACACUGGAUGGCAUCCACCUGCAGCUGACGCCUGCCAACCUGGUGUGCCCCAAUGUACAGAUCUCUGGCAUUGACACCAGCAACAUCAACAACAUCACACUGCAGAUCGACCCAGCCCUCCUGCACCAGACCUUACAACAAGGCGGCCUCCUCUCUCAACCUCUCAGUGUUGAUACUGGCCUCACCUCCCACUCAGGCAGCCAGCUCAUGUCCACCUCUGACCCUUCUGUGUCUGCUAAUGUUGUCAUCCACCCACUGACCAGCCUAGCUCUGCAGCCCUCAACCAUCACACCAGCUCAGGUCACGAUGGCUGGUCUCUCUGAGCAGGAUGCUACAGGUUCUCAGGAUUUAAGCCAUGUGAUGAGCAGCUCUGGGCUGGUAACUGGGAGUGCUAACGGUCAAGAGAUCACACUGACCAUCAACAACACCAGCCUGACUCAGGCCCUCGCUUCAGCUUCGUGUGCCAACACAGCAGCAGGAAACCCUCAGGAGAUCACCCUCACUAUAUCAGGUCAGGAUCUGCUCGCCCAGCAUAGCAACCCCAAUGUUGCUGAGAUCAACGGCAGCAUCCGGCUGGCAUCACCACUCAGCAGCCAGCCCACCAACGCCACCUUAACUAUCACCAAUGACCACCUCCUACCUCAGAGCCCCGCAAACACUGGAAUGGCAGUCUCCAGUCUGCCAACUAGUACCACCAUCUCACAUACAGCUGCAUCCCAGAGCCUAGUGAUGUCAUCAGGAGGCGUGGCCGGUGAUAACAGCGUCACACUGACCCUGGCUGAUGCUCAGGGUAUGCUGGAUGGCGUCACUCUAAACCUCAACACACAGGGUCAGACAUUUCCUGCAGUGCUGAAUGACUCCACUCUACCAGGACAGCAAACCAGCUCAGGCCAGCAUGUCAUACUGGUCAGCCACCACUCCCAAUCCACAAACGGAGCGUCUGACAAUGGAUACAAUGUGAUUACAGUGGAAAACCAUAAGAGUGGUAAAGAAAGCCAUGCUGAGGCAAAUACUCGGAACCAGUGUUACUACUGCAGCGAGGCAUUCAAUAACGUCAACACACUGCGACGCCACUGCAGGCAAGCCCACGGCAAAGACCGCUGUCACGUCUGCAGCCUCUGUAACAAGGCCUUCAAGAGAGCGACACACCUGAAGGAACAUGAGCGAGUGCAUCGGCCAGGUCCGUCACCCAGCUCCCAGAAACCCAGAGUCUUUAACUGCUCCUCCUGCGUGAAGGCAUUCGCCAAGCGCAGCCAGCUGGAGAGACACAACAGGACACACACAGGCGAGCGUCCCUUCAAGUGCAGUCAGUGUGAAAAGGCCUUCAACCAGAAGAGUGCUCUGCAGGUCCACAUGGUCAAACACACUGGAAAGAAGCCCUUCAAGUGCGAGGUGUGCAGCAUCAGGUUCACCCAGAAGAGCAACAUGAGGCACCACAUGAAGAGAUCGCACGGCUUCGGUCAGAUCCAAGAAGUCACCCUUGGCGAGGACGAAUCAGCCCCACAGGUUGAGGUAACACCUGAACUCGACCUGGAAGUGGUUCCUGAAUCAUCCGGACACUGGCACAAUGUCUUCCCCUGAGUACUAACCUCACCAGUUUAACCACUGAACAAAGCUUUGCCAGACAUGUUCCUGUUCUUAGACGGUCCUUUGGUUUCAAAGAGACAGAAGAUGUCUUCACUGUAAGUCCAGGGCUUUACCUCAGCAGCAGUCCUCUGCUGUUAAUCCAAAUUAGCAGUGAGGUUAGGGGGGAUCUGGCUCCCUGUGAUGAGCUUAAUGUCAUUCAUCUGUUUUCCUACUGUCAGCCCUUCAGAAAUGUGAUGACCUCCUUAGAGGGUUUCAUAAACACAGGCAGCCCACAGACCUCUCCAUUCAGGACAUGCAGGACUCUUCCACGCUGACCCCAUUCAAAGAGAGGAGGCGGUAUUCAGAGAUGAGAGUCUUUUGUUUUCAUACGUGCUGUGCUUACAUCACAGCACACAGAAAUGCAACAAACUGCACGUUUUUCACUGGCCAACAGGAUGUGUGGCACCUUUUUUUACAUAUGUAUAAUGUAAAUAUUCCAUUUAAAGUGAAUCUCAUUUCAACAUGUUACACGUUCGUUCUAGUUUAAAACAGAGCCAGAUGUUUUUCACCACAGCUGCUCAGCAAACGAGCAGAUCUGAUGCAGUGCGAGGUCUGAACAUGUUGGCAUGUUGUGUUUUCUCUUGUUGUCAAAUCAUUGAGAGCCACAGCAUCAGUUUCCUUCACUGUGGACAAUUCUGUAAAUAUGUGUAGUUAGAUUACAUCUAUUUUCUGAUGAACCGCCAUGACAUGGAUUGGUUGGAGAUAUGUAAUUUGAGCAUAAUAUUGCAUUUGUAAUAUGGCGAGGCCAAUGUACAGAAGUGAGGCUGUUUUUUUCCUCUUUUUUUUUGCAGCUGUAUUUUCUAUUGUCCAUAAUAAAUUAAGAUUAAAGUAAUUUUUCUACAUA